AUGUCGUCGUCUCAAGACUCCAUCCUCACUCUGUCGUGCCCAGACCGUCCGGGUAUCGUCCACGCCGUGACGGGCAUCUUUGCCUCCCACGGGCACAACAUUGCCGACCUGCAGCAGUUCAGUGACACCUCGUCGGACCGCUUCUUCAUGAGGGUGCAUUUCAAGCCAGCCCCGGCCAAGGAAAGCGCGUCGCAGGAGUCCAGUGGCAGCACUGAGCACCUUGUCGCUCCCUUUGACGCCCUGGCAGCUGAGUACAAAAUGGACUACAAGAUUCACCCCGUAGCGCGUAAGACGCGGGUCCUUAUCAUGGUGUCUAAGAUUGGCCACUGCAUCCACCACCUCCUCUACCGCAUGCGCGCCGGCCAGCUGCCCAUUGAUGUGGCCCUGAUCGUCUCCAACCACCCCGAGUUUGCCGACCUGGCUGCCAGCUACGGAAUUCCCUUCCACCACUUGCCCGUGACGACGGCCACCAAGCAGGCCCAGGAGGAGGCCGUGCUGGACCUGGUACGUAAGAACGAUAUCGAGCUUGUCGUCCUGGCCCGCUACAUGCAGAUCCUCUCGCCUUUCCUGUGCGACGCCCUGCCCGGCCGCAUCAUCAACAUCCACCACUCCUUCCUGCCUUCCUUUAAGGGUGCCCGGCCCUACCACCAGGCUUACGAGCGCGGCGUCAAGAUCAUGGGUGCCACAGCGCACUUUGUCACGGCCAACCUCGACGAGGGCCCCAUCAUCGAGCAGCAGGUCGCUCGUGUCAACCACGGGCUCGAGCCUAAGCAGCUAACUGCCGAGGGUUCAAACGUUGAGAGUUUGACUCUGGCCACGGCUGUACGCUGGUAUGCCGAGAGGAGGGUGUUUCUUAAUGGCAUCAAGACUGUUGUUUUCUCCUAG